AUGUCUCUGGCGGAGAAGAGAGUUCGCGAACAGAUUGAUGGCAAACCACAAACCUCAGACCCUAAUGAUGCAUCCGACAAAGCAGCUUCCCGAUUGUCACAACUAUCCUCACACCUGAAACCAUCAUCACCGAAACCACGGCGAGAACGAAGAUCCAAUCCGAAAAAUCAGCUUCCCCUAGACUACUCAGAUCUCAUGUCCCAAAUCACCACCAUGAAAUCCAUCGCCGCCAACCCUGCCACCUCCAAAGGCCACACCCGCCAGCGCGCCUCUGGGAAACUGCUUGCCCGCGACCGAAUCUCCCUCUUUCUACUUGCAGAUACUUUCCGCGAAGUGGGCGCUGUGUCAGGGACAACGAGCUGGAAACUAUCGCCGUCGAAUGCUCUUUCUGAACAAGUCACAAAUUUUGUGCCGAGCAAUAAUCCCCAAGGCUUUGGACUGGUUGCUUGUGCGGCAAACAAGCAGGGUAGGAGAGUGUACAUUACCGCCGACGACUUUGCCAUCAGAGCGGGUCAUGCGGAUGGAUCUAGCCAUUUCAAAACACUCUAUGGCGAGGAAACGGCACUGAAACUGAAAAUCCCAGUCGUGAAAUUCGUGGAUGGGUCGUCAGGAGGUGGCAGUGUGACUACUAUAAAAACUCAGGGUUGGAGCUAUUUACCCCCUCUGACGAGUUUUCCAGCAGUGAUGAAACAGCUCAACGCAGGAAUACCGAAUUUAGGCGCUGUACUGGGACCCGCGAUUGGACUGGGUGCUGCAAGAGUGACCAGCUGUCAUUUCUCCGUCAUGGCUGCUGAUGUAGGGAGCUUGUUCAAUGCAGGCCCUGAUGUUGUUGCCAAAGCUACUUUUGAAGAAGGCUUGACGCUGCAAGAUCUAGGUGGUCCAGAAGUGCAUUGUCGAAACGGCACGAUUGACAAUUUAGCUCCUGAUGAGGCUGCUGCAUUUGAGCAGAUCAAGUCCGUCUUGGGUUUCUUACCUGACUGUGGAGAUUUACAGCCUCCUCCUAUUCUGGCACCGGACUGGUCUGGAGAUGAUGCAGGAAGGGAAACUAUGAAUCUCCGCACCAUCAUACCUAGGAAACAAGGACGGAUGUAUAAUCCUUACACCAUAAUUACCUCCACCGUCGAUGCGACCUCCUGGUUCGAGAUCGGUGCUCUAUGGGGCACGACCGCGAUAACCGGUCUCGCGCGCCUUUCUGGCCAUCCCGUGGGCAUCAUAUCCAACAACUGCGAGUCCUCGACCGGCGGCGCCUUGGAUCCCUCGGGCAGCCAAAAGAUAACCCGCAUGUUGAAAUUCUGCGAUGUGUUCAACUUGCCAAUAGUCCAAUUCGUGGAUAUACCUGGCUAUGCAAUCGGCACGCAAGCAGAGAGAACAGCAACCAUGAAGUGGGGUGUCGAGUUGGCAAAAGCUUACUACACCACCACCGUACCAAUCUUUUCCGUCGUCACCAGACGUUGCUAUGGUAUCGCAGGAGGCGUGAUGAUCGAUUCCCGCUCCCCUCGCUCGCUCGUCGCAUGGCCAAGUGGCGAGUGGGGAUCUCUGCCGCUGGAGGGAGGCAUCUCAGUCGCUCACCGCGCUGAAUUGUCUGCGAUAGCAAAGACACAGGGAAAAGAAGCUGCAGAGACAAAGUACAAGCAGUUGGAUGCAGAAUAUCGGCGUUUGAUGAACCCAGUGAGAGCGGCGAAUGCGUUUGGUGUUGAGCAGAUUAUCGAUCCCAAGGAUACGAGGAGUGUGCUUUGUGAGUGGGUGAAGGACAUGUAUGGCUUGGUUAUGGUGGAGAGAUUGGAGGAUCGGAAGGCGAGGAGGAUUGUACCGACGUUUACUUGA